GCCACUUUUCAAAGUUCUUCCUCACGAGACACAGGAAAGAAUUCAAGAUAAAGAGACUGGAGAUGAGUGAAAACUAAGGUGAUGAGAAUGGAAUGGGAUCAACAGCAAGAGAAUCAACUCCAACACCAGGGGGAAGAAAAUGGGGAUGGAGUGAUGUAUGUCAAAGUGAUGACCGACGAGCAGCUGGAGACUCUCCGCAAGCAGAUUGCUGUUUAUGCCUCCAUCUGCCAGCAGCUGGUGGAUAUGCACAAGAACCUCACUGCCCACCAAGAUCUUACUGGAGGGAGGUUGGGAAAUCUGUACUGUGACCCUUUAAUGACAAGCGGCGGACACAAAAUCAGUGGCAGACAGCGGUGGACACCAACGGCCGUGCAACUCCAAAUACUGGAACGUAUAUUCGAGGAGGGGACCGGGACUCCGAGCAAGCAAAAGAUCAAAGAGAUAACCGCUGAACUGAGCCAGCACGGCCAAAUCUCUGAAACAAACGUGUACAACUGGUUUCAGAACAGACGAGCAAGAUCCAAGAGGAAGCAAGUGGCAGUGGCUGCAUCCUCCAACAAAAACGGUUCCGAAUCAGGGGUGGAGACCGAAGUGGAGUCACCAAAGACAAAGCCGGGGAACCUUCUUCUCCUACCUCAAGCUCAACAAGAUGUGUGCUUUCAGAACCCGGCUGAGAUAACCUCUCAACUGCAUUUCUUGGGCGGCGGCUACCACCAUGCAUGGCAGGGUUGA